UGAACAAAUUCAAGAUUCAGGAAUCGGUCAUAUUUCAGACACGCCACGCCAAGCGAGUACCAAAGCGUACUAGGUCAUAUUUCAGUUUUCUUGCUCUCUCUUUCAGUGGACGGAUAUCAAAACAACGACAGAAAAAGAGUGAGCACAGUAGUAAUGGGAUCAGUGGCAAAGAAGGGUUUGCAACAGUAUUUGAUACAGCUCCAGCAACACCCUUUAAGAACCAAGGUGAUAACCGCAGGAGUGUUGUCGGCGAUCAGUGAUAUAGCGGCACAGAAGCUCUCGGGCAUUCAGAAACUUCAAAUCAAACGCCUUCUUCUCAAAGUGCUGUUUGGGGCUGCCUAUCUUGGACCACUGGGGCAUUAUUUUCACAUGUUGCUGGAUAAAAUUUUCAAGGGGAAGAAGGACACAAAAACUGUUGCAAAGAAGGUGGUGCUGGAGCAACUGACCAUCUCCCCGUGGAACAACAUGAUUUUCAUGAUUUACUAUGGACUCAUUAUCGAGGGAAGACCCUGGAUGCAUGUGAAAUCUAAAAUCAAGAAGGAAUAUCCAACUGUGCAGUACACGGCAUGGAGUUUCUGGCCUGUCGUUGGAUGGGUAAAUCACCAGUACGUCCCGCUGCAGUUUCGAGUUAUUGUCCAAAGUGUCGUUGCCUGCUUCUGGGGAAUAUUUCUGAAUCUAAGAGCGAGGUCUAUGGCACUGACUAAAGGUUAAACUCACAUGAGAAGACGAAUCUGCAACAAUGGUCUUUAUGUAGUUCAUAGAUUGUGGACAUUUGCUGCUUGUUUAACCUUAUUUUUAGUCUUUUCCCCAUUGUUUUCACCGAAAUGUGGAAUUGUUAACCCAUGUCGAUUGCUUUUGCGGGUCUCUGAGCCACAAUGGUUUAAACUUGUACUCCAUCAUGUAAUAACUAUGAAAAUCUCAUUGUUACCGCCUAUCAUCCGGUCAUAGCA